AGCAGUGGCAGCACCGGUGUCCUUUUUAGCGCAACUAGCGAACGGUAACACUGGGAGCAUAGCACGCCAAAAAGAAAAAAGAAGAAAUGAAAAUUUGGUCAUUUUACUUAAUGUUCUUAAUCUGUUAGUGCCAGUGAAAGCAAAUCGCCAAACCAGUACCUGCAUUAGCAUCAAAGAACGAGUGUUUCGCGAAAUACGAGAAUCCAACACGCAUGUCGCAAACUCCUCCCGAUGGUUUUCACGGGCUCAUAGAACUCAAUGGCGCCGCCAGUGGAUCGGGUCAUGUUCCGCCACCUUACCCGAGUCCCGACUCGCAUCCUAUAGCCGAACCGUCAGCACCCCAGCUGGACGCAGAGCUAGGUCCGGCAGCGCCCGUCUCCGGCCAGGAUUUUUACUACAUCAUUGACGAGGAUGAGCAACAGGAGCCACUGAUUCCGCCCCAGCAAGUGCUCCAAUAUCUAGAGCAGCAGCAGCAGCAACAUCAGAAUCAGCAUCAGCAGUCGCAGCUGUAUCCGUUUCCCAACCAAGUGGUGCAGCCGGAACAAGAAUUCUAUUAUGAGCCUGUGCAGGAUCGUCCAGGAUCUGAACAACAACCCAGCUAUUACUUUGGCCAGCCAGUAGACCAGUUCGAAGCUGCCUACCCAGCCUAUACUUACCCGGACGAAGAGUCAACCCAAGAGUACCCAGCCGAGCAAUACCCGGUCAAGCAGUACCCAGCCGAGCAGUCCCCAGUCGAGCAGUUCUCAGGCGAGGAGCAGGCUAGUCCCAUCGAGAUCUCUCCCCCCACACCGCCGGCAUCGCAGACCGAACCGGAAACAGACGACAUCCAGAGCCAGAUUGCAGCCAAGCGGCUAGAGAUAUACCUGGGCUUCGCCAAGAAGGCCAUUGAUGUCGAGUACAACGUGUCGCAGUUGAAGUUUGUGCCGAGUGCGAUACCGGAGCUGAGUCCCACGCAGCUGGAACGGCUCACAGACUGUGUCAAGCGCACGCUCCAGCUCCUCCGGGUCAUCACCGAGCAAUUGGUGGCCGUGCCAGACUCCGCUGACUCACUAUCGCUGCUGUCGGAGGCCCUCUUCCUGCGCAAGAAGUUGGCCGAUGUUUGGUUCUAUCUGGUGGAGCGCACCAACGAGAGAAAUCCACCGCUGCAGAACCUGAUCAUUGAAGUCUAUCUGGGCCUGAAGGCGGCAUUCGAGCUGGUCGAUCUCGGCGCGAAGAGCGCAAGGAAGCAGUUGGAGGAGCAGAAACAGGUGCUGCAGGACGAGCUAAACGAUCCGAUGGGAUUGGAAUUACUGAGCCGACUUCGUCAAAUCUUAACCGGCUGGCAGAAGCCGAAGGAGCCAGUGCCUGGCUCUAGCCCGGACGAACCGGGCCGUUGUAAAGGCGGUGAACCGGGAGAGGAGAAUCACCAGGACUUGCAGAGCAACUGGUCGAGGAAGCGCAGAUACCAGGACAACGAUCCGCGUUUAAUCAAGUACCGCAAAGUAGACAACUCGUUUCCGCGCUUCAUUGCGAAUGAGCCGGCUGACGACUACCCACCGACCACCAGGUUAAUGUCAGAGCGCGAACGCGAGGCGAUGGCCCAGCGACAGACCGCCAAGCGGAUGUCGAUCUUCGAUACGCCGCAGAUCGUUCAGUAUCGAGUGCGCUUCCAGGGCCACAGUCCCGUGAAUUUGUCCGACGAGGAUGACGACGAACUGCAGCAUCUUCCGCGCUUCGGCAGCAGCAGUGCCACCAACGCCAACAACACGGCCGCAGCACUCACGGCAUCUAGUUCCUCCUCACGACCGCCACUGGCCGUGGCGCCCUCAUCCCUGACAACCGGCUCGGCGGCAAUCCGUCCGCAGAUGCUCUACUCCGACGCCGUGCGUCUGGGCCAGAACGGCUUCAACGACUCGCGCAUCAACGGCCAUGGCGAGGACUCUGUCAUCACCCAGGAGGAGCAGCGCUCGGAGCGCGAACAAUACCUUAGCCUGAUCCGCACCCUGUGCUACGACAAGUCGGCCGUUCGGCCCAGCUCUCCGCCGAAAUCCGGUCCAACCUGGAGCGCCAUCCUGAGCGGCAACGCCAAGCAUCCCCAGAGCUCGCGUCCCCAGACAUCGGAGCGCUCCACCUACGCCGAGCUCCUGGCCCGAGCCAAUGAAGUCAUCAAUGAGGCAAAGAAAACCGUAGUGCCGCCGGGAGGGGAGCUGCCGCCCAGGAAGCACUUCAAGACCGCCGAUAGCGCGCCCAGCCAUGCCUCAACCAUUUCGAACAGCGACACCUCCACCAUCUCGGACGCCCAGUCGGUGGUCAUCACCGGAAUCGACGACAGUAGCGAGGAUGAGGAUAUCAGCGAUGCGGUGGAACCGGACGACGGAGUCGUGUCGGGUGGACAGCCGGCUGGCGAACUGGACGCCUCGCUGAACAACUCGCUGGUGACGCGCUUCAACAACUGCCUGUUCUUCCAGGACAGCUACACCACCCAGUUCCGCGCCAAGACGCUGCGCACGCGCAAGGAGAUCGAAGUUCAGCGAGAGCUGGCCCUCGAAGAGGCUGAAAAGUCGAGAGAUGCACGCCGCGCCUUCGAACAAGGAUUGCGCGAGAACAUCUUCAAGUAUAGGCUGCUCCACAAGCCCAUCUUUGUCAUUGGAUCAAUGGAUACCUCUGAGGAGAGUAAAGAAUCUGCCCUGUUGCCCUUGUCGGAAGAACAACUGGGCAAAUACAGUGAUCUGAUCCAGGGUGCCCCUCAACAGGUUCUAGUAUCCAAGUUCAACAUGAAUAUCCAUCGCAGCGACAUCCGCACUCUGCUCGGCGGCAAGUGGCUGAACGACGAGGUAAUUAACUUCUACAUGAACAUGCUGACCGAUCGCUCGGAGCGUCGGGCUGGCCAGCUGCCCAGCGUCUAUGCCAUGAACACGUUCUUCGUGCCCCGCCUGCUGCAGAACGGGCACGCCGGCGUGAAGCGCUGGACCCGCAAGAUCGAUCUAUUCUCCAAGGACAUCAUACCGGUGCCGGUGCACUGCAACGGCGUGCACUGGUGCAUGGCCAUCAUUCAUAUGCGAGAUCGCACCAUUCGCUACUACGACUCCAUGGGCAAGCCCAAUCAGCCGGUGCUGGACGCCCUCGAGAACUAUCUGCAGUCCGAGUCGCUGGACAAGCGCAAGCAGCCGUUCGACACCAGCAGCUUCCGCAUCGAGAGUAUGCCCGAUGUGCCCCAGCAGACCAACGGCAGCGAUUGCGGCGUCUUCAGCUGCAUGUUCGCCGAGUAUAUAUCGCGCGACCAGCCGCUCACCUUCUCCCAGGAGCACAUGGACUAUUUCCGCAAGAAAAUGGUCCUGGAGAUCUGCGACGGCGAACUGUGGCUGUAAACAUCUAUAUACGUGUAGGGCCUGCGCAUCAAUCCCCCCCGCUACCUUAACUCCAGGCACGAUUGGUCCAGGCAUCCUUAUUUAUUUUCCUUUAGUUAAAAAACGUAAUCAUAAUCUUUCCAGGCAGGCGCAAUGAGAUCGAACAAUACUCUUCCUCCGGAGAUUGUUGUUUUCGGCAAAGAAAUUUUCAAAAUCUAAGACUACGCUAUUGUAUUACAUAACAUUUUAAAAAGAGAGAACACCUAAGGAUCAGAGCCUGGAUCUACACCAGGAUAUAUAUAUAGACAUAUAUAUAUAUAUAUUUAUUUUUACAAAUUCUGCACAUUUUUUGUACAAAUCAGGGCACGUAGAGACACAAAAAGGGCCUCGGCAUCAGAAGAUUCUAAGUAGCGAUGCUGCAACAAAAUGAUUUAUGUGAACAAAUGCUAAAAACGAAAGGAAAUCGAUAUCUUAUGUAACAGAGUAACUAGUUUUUGAAUAAAGCGCUGUCCAUAACAACCACCUAGAUGUAAUUUCGAUUAUUUAGUGAAUCAGUUCUUGGUAAAAAUAACAUAUUGUGCAAAUUCAAAAUUAUAUAUAGAAAGUUACUGUUUUUCAAUUGCAAUUUAUAGUUUUCUGGAUCAUUUGAAUCUCCCUCGGUUCGCCCAAUAAACCUUUUUUUUAACAUAGACUUGUACAUUUUGUUUAAGACGAUAGGAUAUCUAUAUACUUUUUGUAUUUUUUGAUAAUCUGUUUAAUUUGUACAUUUAUUUCACGGGUUGCAGUUGUGAAAAUCGGUUCAUUCGCAAUCGGGUGCUUAGCGAUUUCUAUUAAUAUUUACUUUUCCAAUAUUUACUUUUUUACACACAAAUAAACAUUUAGUUAAAAAGAA